GAGGGUCAUGACCCAGUAACGUCUGGAAUCAGUUCUCAAAACUCUACUUGACGUCAGAGGGGUCUUCGAUUCAAAAAAGCCCCGCGAGGAAGCGCGACGGUCUUGUCUUCCGACAAAGUGACAAGUUCAGUUCGUACGUGAGUGUCAAUAUGGCGGGUGUACUUUUUGAGGAUAUAUUCAACGUGAAGGACAUCGAUCCAGAGGGCAAGAAGUUCGACAGAGUUACCAGGCUGCAUUGCGAAUCCGAGUCCUUCAAGAUGGACCUUAUACUGGACAUCAACAGUUGGCUGUAUCCGAUGGAAUUGGGUGCGAAGUUUCGUCUGGUGCUCGCGACUACCUUGAGGGAAGACGGUUAUCCGGACGGUGGCGAAUGGAACGCGAUCGAACAGGAAGGCGGCUCGAGGGCUGACAGUUUCGAAUACGUUAUGUCGGGUAAAGUUUAUCGCAUCGAGGGAGACGAGGCAAGCAACGAACCCAGCAGCAGACUAUCGGCGUACGUUUCCUUCGGUGGAUUGCUGAUGCGUCUUCAGGGUGAUGCGAAUAAUUUGCACGGUUUCGAGAUCGAUCAGCACAUGUACCUGUUGAUGAAGAAGCUCGCCUUUUAGAGAGAGAGAUUCGCGUGUGGAGAAAAAAGUGGAAACAGCACGUUACAGGCGAAGGAGAGGAAAGAUCGGAAGAAUCGUCGUUCGCAAUCUGCCAUUUUUCUUUCUAUCAUCGUGAACGUAAAAGAAAGUAGGCUGCACAUUUUUCAUACGUUGAAAGACAAAAAGGGUCGCAUGAAUAAAAAAUAAAAAAAAUUAAAAAUUAAAGGAAUUUGAAGGUGAAGAUAAUUAUUAUCUUCAAAACUGCGAAGCAGUGACAACAAUAAAUGCGGCUAAGAAACUUUUUUCGCUUUGCGAGAGUACAAAUUCGGGAAAAAUUAUUUAUUUGAAAAAUAUCAAGGUGCGUAAUAUUGGAUAUCGCGUUGAUUGCACGCGUGAAACUCCGUUGGAUCAAUGCUAUGCAAAUCGCGCGUCUAACGCGUUAAUUACUUAUUUACCAACUCAUUAACUGUACAUGUUUACAAAAUUGUUCUUUAACGUCACAGCAGCAAUUUACAAGUAAUUUUAUGAUCAUUAUCAUUAUUGCUGUUGCUUUUAGUGUUAUGGAAUGAUUUUCAAUCUUUUAACAUUCAUUUUUUUCCCCCUUAUAUUUUCUCAUACGUUUCAUUCCAUUAUUCUAUCUCUCUCGAAAGAAAGAAAUUAUAAUUUUCCUUUCAUACUUUAUUAAUCUCCCUUGUUUUUCUGUUGAAAACAAAAAAAAAAAAACAGAAAGUUCAGAGUAAAGACUGCGUAUACCUAUAACGUUGCAUUUGCAUUAUACGUCUACUUGCUGAUACAGAGAUGACGUUUUUUAUACUAUAACAAAAUCAAAGAAAUGCACAAAGCAAAUCAGUAAUCACGACUGCGAUUUGUGUAUCGUCAAUUCAAGGCGUAUAGGAUAUUACAAUAUCCAUAAUAUGGAUAUACCUGUGUACAAAUAUAUGUAUGAAUAUUUUUUA